AUGGCUGCCACCAACCGGAACUCCGACCUGCUGUCCCCGACCCUGGGGAUCAGCAUCGGCACCCUGGGGCUGCUCAGCAACCUCGCCAACACGCUCGUCUUCUGUCGGCACGGCGUCAGAGACGGCGUCUCACUGACUCUGCUGUCUCUCUCACUCUCAGACAGCCUGACUCUCGUCUUCGGGUUGGCCAGCGCCUGGUGUCAUAUAAUCGACAUCCUGGGGUUCCGGCAAGGCGUCGUCUUCGCCCUGGACCCACUCGUGUACUGGCCCAAAUUGUCUAUAGCGUCGUCUGGUUUUUACCAAAUCUCCGUCGACACGACCGUAUUCCUCACCCUAGAGAGGUUCCUCUGUGUUGUCUUCCCGUUCCACUUCAAACACCUCAUCACCUUAAAACGCGCCUACGUCAUUCUAAUCUUCAUUUAUUUUUACGAGAUAAUCAUCCAUGUACUAGUUAUCUACCCCAACGUGUACGGUCUACCAACGACGUCUUUAUGGCGAAACAUCUCUACCGUUACGAACUUCAUCUAUUAUAAAAUCAUACCUUAUCUCCGGCUAGUAUGUAUUGCUAUAGCAACAGUCAACAUUAUUAUUGCGCUGAGAAACUCAUCAAAACUGUUUCACCGAAAUGACACAACAACAGUGAAGAGCCUAAGCACGACUGGACAAAGACUCCGCGAGAAAAAAAAGUCCCUGUCUUUAAAACACAUCCGCGUGAUGAAAAUAGUCCUGGCGCUGGCGUCCCUGUGCCUGAUCUGCAACACGGUGCAGUACGGGCUGGUUUACGUCAUCAACGGCGUCGAUCAGACCGUGUACUACGUCAUCAGCGUCGUGAUUUUCACCUCGUUAAUUAUUCACUGCUCGGCCAGCGUCGUUGUGUACUUAGCCUUCAACACGCCCUACAGAAACACGUGCAGGGCUAUGUUUCUCUGUCGGGAGACACCGCCCACUAAAUGA